AUGCACCGUUCGUCAUCCUUCGUUAUACUUGAUGCAGAUGUCUCUUUGCCCGGCUCAGAAAGCGAAGAUAUUGUGGGUUCCCUCUCUUCGGCUUCAAUUGAAUCUUCAAAGGAAUCGAGUCUUUCGCCGGUGGAACUGAUUGAAGCACCUCUGGUUUAUGAUCGUGCCGCAUAUAAAGCUGGUUUGGAACUUGAAAAACCACUUUCCGAAGCAAAUCUUCAUUGUGACUCUGAUGUACAAUCCCCUGGUGUGUUCCAGGAAGAACCUUCCAAUGAACCACAAGAGGUCCGUGAGACACAGUCACAAAUAGUGGAAGCUCUUCAUCCACUUCCUGAAAAUCAUGAAACAGCGGUAGAUGAGCAAAUACGGUCAGAAAGCAAUGGCCAUACGCAAAAUACGGGCCAAUUCUUCAAUGUUUUCUUCCGUGUUAUUGAUGCGGUCAAUAAAGUUUAUGAAAUUACAAGCCACAUCGACUUCCUAUCCUCUGAUCCGGUUAACUGUGAUGUCUCCGCCGAAUUGGCAAAGUGCAAGCAACUGUUGAACUGGCGGCAGGAAAAAAUUCAGCAGUUUGAGUCGACGCUGGAGGGCCUGAAGAAGAAGCUAGAAAACCUGGAAUCCCUCUAUGAAAAGUCCCGCAAUAUGAUUAUUGAGCUACAGGACAAAAUCAUCAACUAUCAGUCAGGUGCCCAGCAAAAUCCACUGCCUCUUCCUAACAACCCCCAAUCUAGCUAUAUGCAGUCGCCCAUAAAUAAAUUUGGUAGCAAUGGACAUGCUGCAUAUAUGCAGCAACCUAUGCGGCAACCAGGUUUUCACGUACCCCCUCGAAUGGGCCGCAAUGUGGAGAGUCUUGGGGAAUUUUCGACUGAUGGUCUUCUUCCUAUGCAAAACCAAUCCAUGGGACCCAACUUGAAUAUGUCGGGAGAUUCUAUUCCUGGAAGUUGCCAGCGUGGGCCGCCUCUUUAUCAGCAUCAAACGCCGCCCUUGAUGAUGCCUAAUUCUGGUGUAAGAGGGCCUCAAAUUCCCCCUCAACAGCCGCAAACAAUGUUUAAUCAGAUGUCAAGCCAGAUUCCUAUGGAAAUGCUGCAUCAACAGCGAUUUCAACCCCCACAACCACCCAGUGGCUCACGUUUUCCGGGAAUGUCACCGCCUGGCCAACAUCCUGCAGAAGUCAAUAUGAUGGGGCCAAUGUCAACUCCUGAAGCUGGACCCAUGCCUCCCAUCGGUCAUCCAUCGCCUUACGAUGUCGGCUUUGGCGUUAAAUCUAUCCCUGGAAAUUCCAGUGUUUCUAGACAGUUACCAUCCCAGCAACAGUUCACAUCACAACAGCUAAACAUAUCGUCACCAAUACCAUUGUCUCAGUCACUUCAACAACAUCAGCAACAACAGGCCCCUAUAAUGUCUAUGAGAAGCAUGGAAAUCCCCGAUGCUACUAGACAACCAACCCGCCAAAUACCAGUGGAAUUGCAACAUCAGCAAUCACUGCAAAUACCAACAGGCCAUCAAACACUCGGCACUGUCCCUCCUUUACCCCCUCCCGGUCCUGCAACCCAAUUUCCCGUACCCACACAAGGCACUCUGUGUUCGCUCUGCUCCCGAGAUCUAGCUGGACCUCCCGCUCCCACACCCCUCUCGCCCAAGUCACCCCCCACACUGCUUCCAUCCCAAUAUCCUCCGGUUCAAUGUGAAGCUGGUUGCCGAGAGUGGUUCCAUUUGUCGUGUUCCGGCCUGACCCCCGAGGCUUUUUACCUUCUUAAGUCUGAGGGGCCCCUGGUCGAGUGGCUUUGUACGCCAUGUGCAACUCGGACUUACCCCAACAUACCCUACAUCCGCCUGCGUCAUUAA